AUGUCCGGAGCUGCCAAACAACGUCUCCAAGCACUCAGCCAGCAAUUGGUGGAGGGCAUCCCCGACGCAGGCACGUUUGAAGGCAUCCCCAAGAUUAGACAAGUUGCUCAGGACUCGGUCGGUCCCCGUGUCAAGGACAAGGUUGUGAUCGUAACAGGAGCCAACUCACCUGCCGGCAUCGGUCGUGCCAGCGCACACCAAUACGCUCACAAUGGUGCCAAAGCCGUCUACAUCUGUGACUACGACCCCACACAUUUGGCAACUCACAAGCGGGAAAUCGAAACUCUCUAUCCAGGUGUCGACGUUCACACCCGCCAGUUCGACGCAGCCGAUGAAGUGGCUGUGAAAGCCGUGGUCGAUGAUGCAAUUCAGCGCUACGGCAGGCUCGAUAUAUUCUUUGCAAACGCAGGGAUUGUGGGUCAGCCAAAGAUAUUCACAGAUAUUUCUGGGGAGGACUUUAUGAAGACGCUGAAGACAAAUACUCUUGGUGUCUUUUUGGCUGUCAAGCAUGCGGCCGGCGCCAUGAAACAGACGUCGGCCUCGAAGCCGUAUCCCUCAGGCUCUAUCAUCUGCACUGCAUCAGUUGCCGGCUUGCGCUCUAAUGCCGGUUCGACCGAUUACUCUGCGUCGAAAGCAGCUGUAGUCUCUAUUGCUCAGACAUGCGCGUAUCAACUGGCGGGCAGCGGUAUCCGGAUCAACGCUAUCUGCCCUGGCUUGAUCGAGACAGGCAUGACGCAAGCUGUGUUUGACGCCGCCCGCGCAAGAGGAACGCAGCGCAAGAUCGGACAGUUGAACCCUUUGCAGCGAGGCGCUGUUGCUGAUGAGGUUGCUCGGGCAGCCCUUUUCUUGGGAAGUGAUGAAAGCAGCUAUGUAAAUGGACAGGCAUGGGCGGUUUGCGGCGGACUGAGUGCGGGACACCCGUUCGUACCUGGCAAACUGGCUUAA